AUGGACCACUCUCACCAUGACCACAUGCAGCAUAUGGGCCACGGCGACAUGGACCACGGCGAUGGCGGUCACGGCGACCCCGGCAGCGCUAUGUGCAGCAUGAACAUGCUCUUCACUUGGGACACGGAGAACCUCUGCAUUGUCUUCCGCCAAUGGCACGUUCGCUCCACGUUCGAUCUCGUCCUCUCCCUCAUCGCGGUUGUCGCAAUCGGUGCGGGCUACGAAGCUAUCCGUGCAUACAGCAGAUCCUACGAGCUCGCUGCGUCGAAGCGUGUCCAGGCUGCGCCAAGACAAAACCAGCCCGAAAUCAGCCGUCGCACACACGUCAUCAAGGCAGCCCUAUACGGUCUCCAGAACUUCUAUGCUUUCAUGCUCAUGCUCGUCUUUAUGACCUACAAUGGCUGGGUCAUGAUUGCAGUUUCGGUUGGGGCGUUCGUGGGAUACCUUCUCUUCGGGAACAGCACGUCUUCUACCAAGGAUACCGCUUGCCACUAG